AACAUCUAGAAAUAGUACACCACUUUGGACAUUCAACCAAAGUCAAACCUUCUCAUUUCGUCACAAAAUCUCUCUCUCUCUCUCUCUCAUAAUCAAACUUUGAACCUCAAUUUACUCAAAGGAAAAAGAACUGGUUAGGGUUUUAUUAGAUGCAAACAUCCCAAAAAUCUCGAAGCUCCGGAGCAGCGAUCCAUAGGUUGUACCACGAACCAGAACCUAUCGAACCAUUUCGCUUGACAGGUCCCCAUUUCCAAGUCUUGAACAACAAUGCCUACCCUGACACGCGCCCACAAGAAAGCGUUGUUGCUUCGUUGCAGACCCCUAACGAACAAUUCUUCACCUUGGAAUCAUCUCCCGUGAUAGAAUAUCCGGCGUGUAACUCUAACUCGCCAUACAGUCGAAGCCCGUUAUCCCCACAAGGGUCUGCUCAGUCAUGCUUAUCAAAUCUACACUACUCGUCCCCUGAGAAGACUUACGGGUCGCCAGUUAGCAGUGGAAUUGAAGAGGCUAUUAGAGAAGUGGAGAUGGAGUUGUUAGGGCCUGGAUCGGAUUUUGAAGACGGGUCUAUCACUAGCCCACUUGACAACAAAAACAAGUAUUAUAAGAUCCUGCAACUCGGUAAUGCAAAUCUUGAUGUAAAGCAAACCCUGAUUGACAUUGCUCAUGCCAUUGAUGAUGGUGCUAAAGAAGAUGCCGAUGCACUCAUUGAAGCUUUACAAAGCAAGGUAUCGGUCACUGGUGACCCGAUUCAGCGGUUGGGUACGUACAUGUUAGAAGGUCUACGCGCCCGACAGUUGUCUUCCGGAAGCUUGAUUUACAAAAAGUUAAGGUGUUACGAGCCGAAGCCGGAAGAGUUGACUUCUUAUAUGUCAAUCCUCUAUGAGAUCUGCCCGUACUACAAGUUUGCGUACACGUCAGCAAACGCUGUCAUCAAAGAAGCUAUGCAGGACGAGACCCAAGUCCAUGUCAUUGAUUUUCUCAUAGCGCAGGGUAGCCAGUGGGUCCAACUCAUCAAAGACCUAGCCAAGCGGCCAGGUGGCCCACCGAGACUCCGUGUCACAGGAGUUGAUGAUGGCGACUCAUCUUAUGCCCGAGGGGGCGGGCUCCAACUUGUUGGUCAAAAGUUGGCUAUGGUUGCUGAAGCACACGGGGUCCCUUUUGAGUUCCACGCAGCCGCUAUUUCAGGAAGUGAUGUUCACUGGGGGAACCUAAGGGUCCGGCCCGGUGAGGCACUGGCCGUUAACUUCCCUUACAUGUUACAUCACAUGCCUGAUGAGAGUGUGAGCACGACUAACCAUCGUGACCGGUUAAUCCGGUUGGUCAAACAUUUGACUCCAAAAGUCGUGACCCUCCUCGAGCAGGAAUCUAACACGAAUACCUCGAGCUUCUCCAAACGGUUCGAGGAGGCUCUUGAUUAUUACACGGCUAUGUUCGAGUCUAUUGAUGCUAAGUUGCCAAGGAACAUAGUGAUGCCACGGGAUGACAAGCAGAGGAUUAGUGCAGAGGAGAAUUGUGUAGCUAGGGAUAUGGUUAACAUAGUGGCAUGUGAGGACACGGACCGGGUUGAACGACACGAGCCAUUAGAUAAAUGGAAGUUUAGGCUGCAAGCGGCUGGGUUCAUGGCUCGUCCUUUGAGUUAUUCGGCUGUGACCGCGGUUGAAGAGGUGGUGAGGGAAUAUAGCAACUGUUAUCGGCUUCGGGAGAAGGACGGGGCGCUCGUACUUGCUUGGAAGAACAAAGCGAUGGUAACAUGCUCGGCUUGGAGGUAAUUAGGCGUCGGAGUCCUCUUUUCUGGAUAGGAUUAAUGUUCAUAUAUUUUGUACUAUACUGUCAUACAUUGUUCAAAUAUUCAUGUUCUGCUUGGACUUAUGGUUGUGUUUGGUUAACUUCUGAAGGUUUCCAGGGUUUAUCUUCAUUUUGUUUAUUUUCUUUUAGUA